AUGUAUAUCCGGCGCCAUCUGCAAGUCUCUGCGGUGCACCAGCGCCCUGGGACACCCGUUGAUGCCCAGAGCCAUGGCCUGCUCGACCCGACUCUGAGGCUAUUCCAGAGGGGUUUGCGCAGCAUUGACCAGUCUCGAGAUGCCCUUGUCAAGAGGCAGUUCUCUAGUAACCCCUCUCGGAACAACAAUAUCAAGAUUGGCCUCAUUGUCGGCUUCGUGCUCGCCGCCUUCCUCGCUGUUGUCAUCGUCUUCCUGUGGAUGUAUUGCGGUUCUAUCCGCUUCACCUUCAAGAAGAAGAAGCACCGUCAUCACCAUCACAGACACAAAUCCGUCAGUAGCAGAGGGUCUAGGGGUUCUGACAGAAGCGCACCACCUUCACCCAAGUCUGCGACCGAGGAGACUCCUCCGGCAGACAAGCCGGCAGAUAAAUAG